GAUGGCAAAGGCGAUUGCCAUCUGAAGAUGAAUCUGCGUGGGAUUCAGAUAUUUCUUUUGAUUUUCGAAGAUCGUAGUAAGCUCUCUCAUUCGGAAAGCGGGAUCUCGUUAGAUCUCGAUGGUAUUUUUUAUUUGGGGGCGGAUUUGGAGGGAUUUUUGAAGAUUGGAUUAUUUGGGGGGAAAUCGGGAAUCCAGGAAAGGAAUCUGGCGUGGGAAUGUGAUAAGUUGAUAAGAUCGUUAUAUUUGAAAGCAGGAGGGAGAAUGGAUUGGGGGAUUUUCUUCGUAAAGGAGAAUGGUUUGUCAAGUCCGGAGGACAGAAGAAGCAGGCACCAACGGGAGGCUUGAAGAUCUCCAUUCCGAAGUUUGACAAUUCCACUCUCAUUAGGGGGUACUCAAAGACGCUGAUUGGGAGAUGCAUGAACCCGGUCAAACAGGAGAUGAAGCCGUUGCUGUAUCAUCUUCCGCGCAUCUGGAAUGUGGAAGAGAGGGUGGUGGGCGCUGACUUGGGCCUUGGUCGGUUUCAAUUUGAUUUCCAGGAGGAGGAGGAUAUCGUUGAGGUACUCAAAAGAGAGCCCUUCCAUUUUGAUAAUUGGAUGCUCUCCAUUGUGAGAUGGGAACCGGUGGUGGAGGAUAAUUAUCCAUCUAAGAUCACUUUUUGGGUGAGGGCUAUUGGGGUUCCACUACAUUUUUGGGCGGAGCCAACUUUCAAGAGCAUUGGGGAAGCUUUGGGAGUGGUUCGGAGAGAUGAUGCCAUUGAGAUCAAUGAAGGGAAGGUGCGUGUAACUUUGGAUGCUUUUAAACCAUUAGUGUUUUCCAUUACGGUGGAAUUUCACAGUGGGGAGGAGACAGUGGUCGCGCUGAGGUAUGAACGUCUCCACGGUUUCUGUAGGAUGUGCUCAAGAUUGACACAUGAUCAGUCCAAGUGCCCUAUCUCAAAUGGGGUGAAGGAAGAGAAAGGUGAUGGCCCAUCUGAUGAAAAGCCGGAUCAAGGAGGGAAAGCUUUGAGCUAUAAAGGGGCAGUGGAGUCUAAAGCAUUGGAGACUAACUCUAGUGGGGAUGUUAGGAGGAACAGCCAACAUGUCUCUGGAAAGCAAGAUGUCAAAGGGAAAGGCGUUGUGUAUGAGGGUGGUAAACAAGUUACCAGUGGUAAAUUUGGUCCAGGGAGGAGGAGUAAGGAGCAAGGGAGACCGACGGCGAAAUAUAUUAGGAAUGCGUGUUAUCUGCCACCUCAAGAACUAAGGGAUAGCUAUGCUAUGGCCACUGGUGGUCUUAAUGGCCUGCGCAAUCAGGAUUUUGGAGCUCAUCUGGACCCGCAACAGAAACUGAUGCUAGAGGCCUUCAAGAGUGGUGAAAGUGGAGAGGCUUCAGGGUCAAAGGCGUGCAAGGCCCUUUUGUUUGACAAUGAGAUUGGAGAGGAAGGUCCUCGGGAACUGUUAGGAGAUGAUCAGGCUGCAACUGAAGUUGCCGCCACUGUGGAAAAUAAGGAUCUGAAGGAAGAGAAUGGGAUGGUGCUUUCAACUGUGGAGAAUGGUGGGAAGCAGACAUUGGAGAUAGAGAGCAAGGAAGAUGAGGUGAUCGGGGAGAUGGUGGCGGGUCUAGAUGAGGAAGAUGGCCUCUUCGAGUUGGAAAUGAUGGAGGAUGGGGAGGAGGAGGCAGGGCUUGCUCAAGAUGUCUCAGCGGAGGUGAAAUCUAUGGAGAUUGAGGAGGCUUUCUCAACUGAUGAAAUGAUGGAGGUGGCAGGUGAGAAAGACAAUCAGGCUGCAAAGAAGAAGGCUGGAAAGCUCAUGGCUGCUGCGAUGGGAGGGAAUGCGAAGAAGAGGUUGGUUCAGAGCUUGGUCUCUCCAAGGAAGAAGGCUAUGGCAAAGCAAGGUCAUAAGGCGGGGGACAGGGGACCGCUGCCUACUAAGAAGGCUUUGGUCAAGGCGAAACCAGUCCAGGACUGAUCAUUUGAAUUUGCUCUGGUUCCUUUAAUUUAAUAUUAUUAAGAAUAAGUGUAUGGCUUUUGAUAUAAAGUCUAUAUCUACUCCUAUUUUAUUUCCUUGGUUUAUGU